AUUAUGGUUGAGUCUGGUACAUUCCAUCAAGGCGUGGGUUUAUAGCUUCUAGAUUUUCUAGACAAUUUGAUAGCUUUCAAAUUAUUCUGUUGUUUGAAUUCGGUAACGAUUUUUACGCCGUGUCUCUGCCACAUAAUUGAAAACAAAAAUGGAAGUGUACGAGUUCAAGAAAAACUUCCUCACGCGACUGCUUGAAACAACCAAUGUGCUUAACGGUGGCGGUACUAACAUUCCGGCAUCCGCCAUUCGUUCGGAGUGGACACAUUUCGUGGAAGUCGCCGUGGAACCAACGGGUUGGCAAGCGCUCUGGAAGGCAUCGCGCCCGGUAUGCGAACAACUGUCCAUGAAGUAUCCGCUGGUCGUGCUCGGUACGGUCGAUCAGGUGUUGUUCGACGAGCUAAAGGCAAGCUUUAUCAUCGAAGCCAUCCAGGACGAUGAUGUGCAUUUCCCGGAGGAGCAGAUCACCGUCGAUCUGGAGGAGCUGUGGCCGCUACGUGAACAAAAUAACCCCGCCCUGAAUGUUAACAUCACAGCCGACUGUAUUGAUAAAUUGCGGUUUUUCUAUCAGCAUCUCUGGAUGCCUUGGGACAACGAUGGUGAGGACGAGCAUAGCUGGAUCGAUAAGCAUCUGGAGUCGCGCAUUCGGUUUUGCCAUGAUCUGAAAAAUAAGACGAUGUCGCGUCAGCUGUCAUCACACGCGCUGGCCCUUCUCGCUGAGGCCCGAUACAUCCAGCGUAAGCGAGACUUUAUCGAACUGCAGCUGAGCCAGGAGGAGGACCAAGCGGAGGAGCAAGACGAAGAUAAUGAAUCGUCUAUUCUGAAGGAUAGCCGAUCGAGCGAAUUGCUGCAGCUAAAUUUACGCUUAAAUACGAUUAAAAAUGAAAUCAACAUCCUGGAGAAUCCCAUUAUGCGGAGCGUUUACGAAAAGAUUCGCUUCGGAGCGGGUAAAAGUAAGGGCGAUACACCGAUGUCUUACAUUGUUACACAGGCCGUACCCAUGGAUGAGCAGCUUACCUAUCUGCAGCGUGUCAAGGAGAUGAUGGACGCAAAGAUUUCGGUGAAGAUGUGUGACUCUCUUCAGCACGCGCUGGAUCACUGUAGUCCCGAUAGUGCUAUUUAUUUACCACCCGGUACACGGCAGGACAUAAAAUUUCUCGAAUACCUUAACAACGGUGGAUCGUUCCGGGGCGUAAGCAAUGCAGCGUUUGUAGAAGCAUACGAUCGGGCUACCAAAGAAAAUCCUACCAUCGUGUCCAAAAACGAUGACAGCGUACUGUUGACGAUCGAUGGAGAUUUUACGCUGGAAAACAUCCGACUCGAUUGCUCGAAUGUGCGCACCGGUGUGGUAAUCAAGCAGGGGAACAUUACCUUCCGCAACUGUUGCUUCACGGGCGCUCCCAGAUCGAGCAACAAGCAGGGUAUCGUGAUCUUUGGCAACUGUACCAUCACGUUCGAACGAUGUGUUAUAAAGGAAUUUUCUACCGGCAUCUAUAGCAAUCAUGAUUGCACGAUUAACUUGGUCAAGACCACUAUUAGCCACUGUAUGACCGGGUUGGAGACGCUCGAUCAGUGUCAAAUUCUGUUCAACUCGGCCAGCAUUACGGAUUGCUCGCAGUAUGGGCUGUUGCUUGAGGAUUUCAACGACGAUGCCCAAAGCAAUCAGAACGGAUCGGGUGUUCCGACCGAAGGAAGUCGAUCGCAGGUGUUUGAAGAUUACAAUACAAUCGAGCGGGAAGAGUUCACGUUUGAGGGCAGCUGUGAGUUUCGCGAUAAUGCCAAGGGCAAUUUUGUCAUCCGUAAGGGCUUCAGCGAGCGGUUCAACAGUUCGUGCUUUGUGGAUGAAGAUGAAACCCAGCAGCAGCAUGAUGUGGAAGAUGGCUUGGAGGAUUCCAUCUGCGACGCGACUAAUGUAAGUUUUUCUGCCAAUUAUCUUGAAGCAUCGAAACUGUCCUCCACCAAGCAAAUCAGUCGCUCUGCGGACAUUUCGGUUGCAAGUGAGUCCGCCAGCGAUACGGGUGGAUCUGGUUCGAUGAGUCAGUCAGAAGACGAAGAACUAAGCGAGUAUGACGGUGCAGAGAACAGCACACUGGAUGUGAGAGAUGUGAGAUAUUCAUUGCUUGAACAAGUCAAACAAUCAGGAAUUACGAGUGAAAGCAAUGAAACGGUGGCAAUGAAGCACGAUGAUCAAGUCAUAGAAAUUGAUGAUACGAUUAUUGAGAUCGAUUGAUGCCAAACCGAGGGUUUGAUGGACCUUCAACCGAUGGAAGAUUAAACACCAACGCAGCCAACGAAAUCAUUCGACGUACGCAACCACAGCAUCCUUGUAGCUGUCAAAACACUCCGAAAGCAGCUCAGCUGUCAAGCCA